AUGUAUUUGGAAAGAAAUCCUCACUCUUCGUGUUGCAAAGAGUUCCUGAUGACGACCUUGAAUCCGCCAAAUCAUUAUCUAGUAUCGAUGAAAAUCCAAAGAAGCUAUACAAAGACCGGUUUGAAGUGUUUCCCUUGGACCUUGACCGAGAAAUCAAAGAUCGUGCUGAUCGGGAGCCUCUGUUGCAUCUUUUUCUUCAGCCUCAAGGAAUCAGUGGUAACCGUCAAGGAAGACGAAUUGCUUCGCAACCAAUGCAAGCCAGAUUUACCAAGUGUGUUGCCAACGUGGGCGAGCGAUAUCGAACAGGCAGCCGCAAUCGAGAGCAGAGACUUCGUAGCAUCGGUUUUUGUUGAUGUUCUGAACAGUUUCGUUGGUGUUCCCUCAGCAUGCGAUAACAAUAUCGUAGAGGACACAUUGGUACAUACAUACCUACACGCCCUACUGCACGCACUUUUUGCCAAGGAUGCACCGUUCGGCCACAAAAGGUUUUUAAUUAAGUUGAGUGCAAUUGAUGUAUAG